AUGGAGACUGCCACUUGGACGGAAGAAGCCACAGACGACUCACUGAAGUGUACGAUCUGUGACGAUACCUUUAAGAAUCCGAAGGUUCUUCCCUGCUCUCACAACUUCUGUCGGGAAUGUCUGCGGGUAUGGAUCGGCCCGGAGGAAUCUGACGUGAACGGUCGCGACACAUUUCCCUGUCCUAGAUGUCGACAACCAGUCCCAAUCCCCGAACAUGGCGUCGAUGGUCUUAAGGACAACAUCUUUCUGGCUAACUUGGUGAAAGCUGUGGCAGCGCAUACAAAGGGUCGCCACGGUAAAGAUGACAUCCUCUGCACCAGUUGUGAGGAAGGGAAGCCCGCCACGUCCCGGUGUUCGGAGUGUGCGGAGUUUCUGUGUGAGAGUUGUGAAUCGGCACACCGUCAUCUGAGAGAUACCAAGGGCCACACGCUCUUCACUUUUGAGGAACUUAAAGCGGGAAAAUAUGACGAUGUCUUCAGGGGUAGAAAAGCUCCACCGUGCUCCAAACAUCCAGGAGAAAUUGUGAAGCUCUACUGUAGGACCUGUGAGACCCCAAUAUGCUUCGAAUGUGCCUCGUUUGAACACAGGGACUCACGGCACAACUACACGCGCAUAGAAGAGGUGGCUUCAGAGAGGAGAGAGGCAAUGUUAGAUCUCACACCACAGUGCCAGGCUCGAAUAGCGUUUUUUCACAAGACGGAAGAAGCACAAAAACGCUUGAAGAAACAGCUUCAGCUGAACGCAGAAGGAGCUCGUCAGAACGUACAAACACAACUCACUCUAGUCAAAGAAGAAUGCGAACGGCUACAGACCUGUAUUAAUGCAGAAGAAACAGCCAAAAAGCAACAGAUUGAUGCAGAGAUAGAGGGAGCACAGAUCAGUUUGGCAAGAGCCAAGAGCACAUGCGAGUUUGCAGAGACUCUAGCUCGGGAGGGCGGCGACUACGAAGUUGUAUCUUGCUCACAGGAUAUGACAACGAGACUGAACGACUUUACUAAACCAUGGCCACCUGCAGUCACAGUGGACUCUGAACUUGCAAACAUAAACGUUGAUUACUCAACUCUAAACCAAACGUUGACAAAACACAGCCAACAAUACCAUCAGUCCACUUCCGACAACAAAGAAACUUUCGCCAACAACACUGAGGUCAGAAAGAGUACCUCCGGGGUACCAGCUGAUCAGGUUGUCAGUCCGAAGUUACCACAGCCAAGACGUGACAACAUCAUGACCAGGAGCCGAAAACGAUCUAAGGCCCUCGCUCGGCAGCAGAAGGAGGCAACCAGCGAACGAGAGAACGCCCUGACGAGGCCGAUGAAGGAGACGAGGAGCCGUGCGGUUCCAGCCAGCAACACGAGGAAGAGAGGGCUGAGUACGGCCAGCGAUUCUAGUCCUCCGGCAUCGCAGAAGAAGGCGUGCGGAACACAUGUGGACGGGGACACCACCAUCUGA